CACAUUCUGUGAGCUGUGUUAUAAUCAACAUGACCGGCAGCCAAGUUUGUUGUAAUUUUUUAAAUAUGUGGAAAAAAAGAAAGAUAUCGACCAUGUAUUACCUAAACCAAGAUGCCAAAUUAUCUAACUUGUUUCUCCAGGCAAGCAGCCCAACUACAGGGACAGCUCCCAGGAGCCAGUCAAGGUUGUCUGUCUGUCCAUCCACUCAGGACAUCUGCAGAUCUGCCAUCUUGCCUGACAUGUCAGAAGAUGCAUUUGAGCAAUGCACCCCUGUCGUGGUGCUGAGCCCUGCUAGGAAGGAGUCUGGUAAGAAAUCAGUAAAACAAAGGCCUAGGAGGAGGAGAAGGGCCUCUGAGAGAGAUGAGCAUGCAGAAGAACAAAUAAAAGGGAGAAGAAAGGAUUUUCACCUCCAGAUCUCAAGCCCCAGAUGGAGUGAGCUUUGCACAGAUUCUUCGGAUUCAUCUUCCAUAGACGAGAGUCAUUGGGUUCAGGCAAAAAGAAGAUCCCAAGUGAAAUUCCGACUUUCACGAAGAAGGAAAAACAAUAACAAAUCACGUGGAAACUUGGAUGGGUCUUUUGCUCCUAAUGGAAUUGAUCUGGUACAUUUGGGAUCCAAAGAUAAAAAGCAACAAGUACUGACUGAAUGUGAGAGUUGCUCUUUAAAUCUCUGCGGAGGAAAAGGCCUAUGGGAUCAAGAUCCUCUUUCUCUGCCUAGAGGAUCCUAUGAGAUUAAGAGAUCCUCGAGGACUCAUGAAGAAAGCACAGGCAGAUGCCACCACAGAGAUCCACAGCUCUUGCAUAGCCUUAGGCAAAAUGAGACGAUCAAGAAAAGAUUUUCAGCAACAGAUUCCAGGAAUGAAAUAUUGGCAGGAACAGAAGGCAGGAAGUAUGUGGCCGAUGCAGGGUUCCAGGUGAAUAACUAUGUUCAGAAGCCUCCUGCCACCUACUGUGAUGAGUCUGAUAAUAUGAAAGUAUGCAGGUCAGUCACUACAGAGAAAGACUUGGUGCCAUGCAAUUGUAUUUCUUUCUGCUGUGCGUUAGGUGUGGGUUUGACACCUACCCUUAGAACAACAUUUAUUCAUGCUGUUAUUUUUCUGGUUGGAUAUAAGGUGAUAAAAUGAGAAAAGGUGGAUCUGAGAAGAACAAUAGAAUUAGAUUUCCCCUUUUCCCCUUUUGUUAAAUUGAAUAAUGGUUUAUUCUCGUAAAGGGACUGACAAGCCAGUUGAAUCUUGUCCCCAUCCUGGUCAAGACAAGACUAGUGGAGGAAAUAUGAGUGAGGGUGUAUGAAACCCUUGACUCUUCAGUGUAAAUUUGGUGAACUGUUUGCACCCUGACAAAAAAUAUUCAACGUUUGGGGUUUUUCAGGUCAGAAUUUUGUAUCAGAAAAAUCUCUUCUGCAGUUGGUGCUAAUUUGUUCUCCAAUUGUUUGACUCAGCAGGGUAAUUUAAGACUGAAAGGACAUAGAAACAGGUCAUCGACAUCAGUGGGGUUGCUGGAGCCUUCAGGGAAGGAGACCACAUUAACUUUAGUGAUUAUCGUGUGCUAAAAGGUCUCCACAUGCAGACACUUCAUAGCUAUCAAACUGCCUUUUUGUGCCUUUGACCCAGCUGUACACAUUUUCAUCAUUCAUUUAUUCAUUCAAGCCUCUCUUGUGCAUCAGGUUUUAUUCUAGGCUUGAGAAUAGCAUAAUGCAUGAAAUGUGUGUAGUCUCUGACAUCUCAGCUUAGAGUCAGAUGGGGAUAACAGACACAAAACUAUUUCAUAGUUCUAUGUAAUUGAUUGUGAAAACGAAGAUGAGAACACAAAAAGGAAGAUGGGAACCCAAAAGGGAAGCUUUACUUAUUCUGGGAGAUCAGAGAAAUCUUGUAAGGAAGUGAGUAGUUGACUGGGGCUCAAAGGAUGGCAGGAAUUGAGCAAGGAAAGAAAGAGGACGGGCCAUCCAGAAAGAGUGACACUACAGGAAGCCAGGAUGAGGGAAGAAGU